AUGAGCACCACCCCUCAUCGAAGGGGACGUAGACGAUUGGUGCUAUGCGUUGAUGGCACCUGGUGCCGCCAGGACGGCAGUGGGAUGGCGAACGGGAACCAAACCAACAUCUUUCGCAUUUCCGCAAGCGUGAGAAACGCACCGUGUGUGGACAAAACCACCGGCAUCAGCUACGCUCAGGAGUCCAGGUACAUUGGCGGACUCGGCGCCGAUCGAGAUUUGGAUCUCCCGACGAAAUACAUUGCGGGCGUCUUUGGGAAAGGGGUCAGCAGGAAAAUCCGAGACGUCUAUGAGCAGUGUUGCGAACUGGAUGAGCACGAUGAGGUUUGGCUGUAUGGCUUCAGUCGCGGUGCUUUCGUGGUGAGGGCCGUCGCUGGCUUGCUUCACUACAUCCGCGUGCUGAAGGCCACGGGGGCGGGUUUUGAGAAGGACUACCAAGAGGCCCUGCGGAUCUACGCUUUGAUGCGACACGAAUCUCGAGCGCGUGGAGAAGUCUAUACGUUCAUCAACGAGAAGACGAGGGCCUCACCUACGGUAAAGUUUGUUGGAGUCUUCGAUACUGUCAAGGCUCUCAACGAUGAUGGGUUGCACGAUAUUGGAUUCAAUCCUAGCAUUCAGCACAUGCGACAUGCGCUGGCCCUUCACGAGGAUCGAGCGGAUUUCGAACCCGAACACCUGUUUCCGGACUUUGAUAGCCCAGCAAACACAGGCGCGGAUCGGUCUUGUAUCCAGGCCUGGUUCUUCGGGGCCCAUGGAGAUCUCGGAGGCUCGAAGCACAGCGACGGCUUGUCGCUCUACCCUCUCCAGUGGAUGUUCAGCGAGAGCGAGAAGUAUGGCUUACAUCUCGGCUUCCAUGAGCUGCCGCACGUCGCCAUUGACAAUCCUCUACGGAUUGCCUGGCCUGUCGCCCUGGGUAAAGUAGAUGACAAGAGCACGCACACUUUCAGCACCCGCAAUGGUACGCAAAUCCGCGUACAUGAUCUACGUGACGUGCACACAGAUCGGAUGUAUGACGGUCGCUAUAACAUCAAGCUGAACACCGCGUCGUCUGUGAUUUGGAAGCGAGCUCGCAGGGUUGUGUUCAGUGCAGAGGGUCGCCUAAGGGGCUAUCAGCACCGCCCGGCCAAGGGAACCAUCAUACAUCCUUCGCUGUACUUCAUCUUCGACCAAUACACAGAUAUCCGACCGCUUACCAUGCACGGAAAACGGCUUCAAGCAGAUGUAGAGGCUCUGGAUGCCGAUAUGCUUGGCACUCUAGAAAUGGAAGGGCUCAAACGCGCAGUUGUCGAUUUCGGAUUCUGGGCCGACAGUUCAGAGAGGUACGGUAUCGAUCGCUAUCCUCUCAGGAUCCUGGUCUGCGGCGACACUGGAGUGGGAAAGUCCACACUUAUCAACCAAGUAUUUGGCGCGAUGCUAACGUCCGAAUCGGAAAGAAUGCCAGGGCUGCACAACGUACACGAAGAGCGCAAAUGGAGGGGGACGGCGAAGAUGGACAACAUCAUAAUUCAUGAUUCCAUGGGGUUCGAAUCAGCCUCUGAAGCGGAGAUGGCCAGCGUGGAAGCAUUCCUCGCAGACAGAUCCACGAAGACCAAGCCGGAGGACCGUCUGCAUUUCAUAUGGUUCUGUGUGCAGGCGAGCAGUGCUCGCGUCACGAAAGCCUCCACAAGACGCCUCUUCCGCGCCAUUGCACGAUUCGCUCCAGGCGUUCCAGUCAUUGUUGUGGCGACGUUCAAAGAUGUGUUUUUGAGGGACCAGUACGGCGCCAAACAAGACGAAAUGCUCAAAGAGGGCCGAGCAUUUGACCAGAGGCUUCAUGACGAAUGUGUUGCUUAUUCCGAAGCGGCGUUGAAUGAGAGGGUUCUGGUCAUGGAGACAGAGAUACGAGACAUCGUUUCGGAAGACGAAGAGGUGCAGCUCGAACUCUGUGUUGCCGUUGAGCACGGCGAUAGCGAGUCGCACAGAAACCUCACGCGGCAGACAAUACGAUGUAUAAACAGCGAUGCGGUGCGCCGAGCAUGUAUCGCAGCUCAAGUUGUCGACGAAGAGUCAAAAGAGAACAUGCCCAGGAAACGGUGGUGGAGCUCGCUUUCCAGCACGUAA